AUGCCGUCAAAGGUGAAGGUCCUCGUCACGGGAGCUUCUGGUGUUCUCGGUUCCGCUGUGAGCGCUGCCUUGAGAGAUCACGGCGGCCUCGACGUCACUUCUCUGUCGAACACACGAACCGGAGAGGGCUUGAUCCAGCUUGAUCUUCUUGAUUCCAAGAAAGUAGAUGAGUUUAUUGAGAAGCUGAGACCUGACUGGGUCAUUCAUUGUGCCGCGGAAAGGAGACCAGACGUUGCCGAACAGGAUCCUCAGAAGACACAAGCUUUGAAUGUCUCCGUGCCGGAACACCUGGCGAAACUUUCCAAAUCGCUGGGCUUCCGUUUAGUCUAUAUAUCCACCGACUAUGUGUUCGAUGGAACUUCUCCGCCGUAUGCUCCUUCUGCGACUCCCAACCCACUCCAACUUUACGGACGCACUAAAAGAGAUGGGGAAUUGGCCGCCCUUGGUUUGAGUGGCGCAGAUGUCAUCGUGCUCCGCGUCCCAGUCUUAUAUGGACCCGCGCCGAAGAAUUCCGACUCUGCCGUGAACAUCUUAAUCGAUGUCGUUAAGGACCAAUCUGGAAAGCAAUACAAGAUGGAUCACUAUGCCACCCGAUAUCCCACUAAUGUCCUCGAUAUCGCAGGCUUUUUGGCUAGACUUACGGAUUUCAAGGGUGUUAUCCCUCCCAUACUGCAUUAUUCCGCCGCUGAGCCAUUCACUAAGUACGAAAUGUGCUUGAUCUUCUCGAAGAUACUUGGUUUGCCCCAUGGUCACAUCAUCCCAGACGACCAACCUCCAACAGGAGCAGGUGCUACCACUCGUCCAAGGAACACGCAACUGUAUACGAGGGAGACCGAAAGCCUCGGCGUCGAAGGAGGGUUGGGCCUGACUUUGUUCGAAGAGUGGUGGUCUGAGUACCUCAAAUAG